AUGGCUGGAGAAAAGACACCCCAUUUCGAGACUUUGCAAUUGCAUGCCGGUCAUGAACCGGACAGCGCUACCAAUUCACGUGCUGUGCCCAUCUAUGCGACUACAUCCUAUGUCUUCAACAACUCCGCCCAUGGAGCCGCCCUUUUCGGCCUCAAGGAAGCCGGAAACAUCUACACUCGCAUCAUGAACCCCACCGUAGACGUGUUUGAGAAACGCAUCGCAGCAUUGGAAGGUGGUGUCGCCGCCGUAGCAGCUUCUUCGGGACAAUCGGCUCAAUUCAUGGCGAUUGCGGCACUUGCCCACGCGGGAGACAAUAUCGUUUCGACUUCUAACCUUUACGGUGGAACGUACAAUCAACUCAAGGUGUUUUUGCCUCGGUUGGGCAUAAAGACCAAGUUUGUGAAUGGAGAUGAUGCUGAGGAUUUCAAGAAGGCUAUUGAUGAGAAGACGAAGGCUGUGUAUAUUGAGAGUAUUGGUAAUCCGAGGUAUAAUGUGCCUGACUUUGAGGCCAUUGUCAAGGUUGCUCACGAUGCUGGCGUACCCGUCAUGGUCGACAACACCUUUGGUGCAGGUGGCUACUUCUGCCGUCCCAUCGAUCACGGCGUCGACAUUAUCGUUCACAGUGCAACCAAGUGGAUCGGCGGUCAUGGCACCACAGUCGGAGGCGUGGUAAUUGACGCUGGCAAAUUCGACUGGGGUACCCCCGAAGCUCGCAAACGAUUCCCUCAAAUGAGUGAGCCCUCUGAAGGUUUCCACGGUCUCAAGUUCUGGGACACAUUCGGCAAGCUUGCUUUCAUCGUCAGAGUUCGCGUAGAGAUUCUUCGUGACGGUGGCAUGGCUUUGAACCCAUUCGCUGCACAGCAAUUGCUACUCGGUAUCGAGACAUUGAGUCUGCGGUGCGAGAGGCACGCUGAGAAUUCUUUGAAGCUGGCACGAUGGCUUGAGAAGAAUGAACAUGUUUCUUGGGUCAGCUAUCCUGGCCUGCCGAGCCAUGCUAGCCAUGAAUUGGCCAAGAAGUAUCUGCCCAGAGGGUUUGGAGGCGUGUUGAGUUUCGGAGCCAAAGGUGGUCCCGAAGCAGGCAGUGAGGUCGUGGAUGGCUUCAAGUUGAUUUCGAACCUUGCCAACGUUGGAGACGCAAAGACUCUCGCUAUCCACCCUUGGAGCACCACUCACGAGCAGUUGAGUGAUGACGAGAAGAGAAACAGUGGAGUUACUGAGGAUCUGAUCCGGAUAUCUGUCGGCAUCGAGCAUAUUGACGAUAUCAUCGCUGACUUUGAACAAUCAUUCGAGGCUUCAAAGGCAGGAGCAAAGGGCGAGGCUCAUCCUGAGAACGCCGACAAGAAGCCCGAUGCGGAUGAGCCCACGAGACUUGAGGUCUAA